AGCAGUGUGCGACGCGCCGAGGCCACUGGAACCGGCGGGGAGAGCGAUGAGCUUCAGGGUGUGCGUCACCGGAGCUGCCGGCUACAUCGGCUCCUGGCUCGUCAGGAAGCUCCUCGACAGAGGCUGCGCCGUCCACGCGACGUUACGGAACAUCGGUGAUGAGAAGAAGACGGCGCUGCUCAAGGGGCUGCCCGGCGCGGCGGAGCGGCUGACGCUGUUCGAGGCGGACAUCUACGACGCCGCCACCUUCGAGCCGGCGAUCCAGGGAUGCGAGUUCGUCUUCCUCGUCGCCACCCCGCUGAUGCACAACUCCGGCAGCUCAAAGUACAAAGACACCACGGAGGCAAUAGUGGACGCGACACAUUCUAUCCUGGAACAAUGCGAACGGUCCAAAACGGUGAGGCGUGUCAUCCACACAGGCUCCGUCGUGGCGUCGGCGCCGCUUAGGGAGGAUGGGGAUGGCUACAAAGAGUUCAUGAACGAAUCCUGCUGGACCCCGCUUGGGGUUCCCUACGGUCAUAGCAACGAAUUCUUGGACGCUUAUGUAUCCUCCAAGACCCUCUCUGACAAGGAGCUACUCAAGUACAACGACUCCUCCUCCUCAUCCACCACGGCGCGGUCAUUCGACGUCGUCGUCCUGCUGUGCGGCCUCGUCGGAGGAGACACCAUCCUGCCCUACACCCCCGACGGCAUGCACAACAUGCUGUCGCCUUUCACCGGUGUCGAGCUUUACCACAAGAACCUCAGGUUCCUGCAGGCCCUCCUCGGCUCCGUGCCACUGGUUCAUGUCGACGACGUCUGCGAGGCGCACAUCUUCUGCAUGGAGCGCUUGGCGGACAUCGCCGGCGGCCGAUACCUCUGCGCCGCGGCGUACCCCAACAUGCAGGAUAUCCUGGAGCACUACGCUGGCAAGCACCCGGAGCUCAAGCUGAUGAUCAAAGAGGUGGUGGGAGAGGGAGUGAGAGUGCAAGCUAAUACAAAGAAGCUUGUGGAGCUGGGGUUCAAGUAUAAGUACGGGGUUGAGGAGGUGCUAGACGUCAGCCUGGAGUGCGGCAAGAGGUUGGGAUUGCUCUGAUGCAUAACAUUGCGAUGCCACCGUCUGCGCUAGUGCUAGAGGUUGGGAUUGCUCUGAAGCGGCAAGAGGUUGCCAUUGUUCAGGUUCUUUUGCUUAGAGCAUGUCUAACAGGUCCCUUAUUUUUCUGCCCCUUAAAACGCGAGUAGAAGGUCCUGUAUUCACUUUUC